AUUUUUCUUUCUUUUGUAGCUGAUUUAUUUCUAUGAUACAGGCUGUAAGGAUUGUGCGUAUAGUUACCACAAGUCGAUAGAGGGUCAUGGUAUCUUGAUUCGUAUGAAUGUCUUGCAAAUGUAUUGCUUUGAUUGCAAACGCUUGCUUGGGGAAACACGCGGGGAUCCCAGCGAAGCACAUUAUGUGGAUUUAUUGUUAAAGCUACUUACACAUGACAGUGAGAAGGGUAGAGAAGCCAUGAGGAAAAGGUACCAAUGCAUGCAAGAGCGAAUCCUCUAUGCAGAACAUGCAGACCGUGCAUCCGUCUUUAACAGUGAAAAGUUUUACUUUGUUGAAAGACUCUGGUUGAUCUCCUGGUUUUUGCGUUUAUGUGAUGGUAAGACCGGCACUGGGCCUAUCAGCAACCAUGAAUUAGACGAUCCUGAAAGAGAAGGUAAACUAAAUCCACAUUCUCGACCUCGUGGGAACUUCAAGGGUGGGUUCUCUAUUGUCUCGCCUUUUCUUUGGGAUUAUCUCGUAAAGACAUAUGGAUUGUCAGGCAAACCUUAUACCUCGGACGAUGUCACUGGGCCAGAAUACUGCGAUCUUAUGGAGUCUAUUAGAAACUGGAGAUUGAACUAAAUAACACAGCAUAGAAUUUUCUUGUACAUAUACUCUUCUUUUUUGUUUAAAAACUACAAUAGAUUAAAUCAAUUAAAUGCAAACAGCCGAUGAUUACAUUCUUUAUUAGUGUCAAUUAGAAUUUGUACAAAAUAGCUGUAGAUAUCAUACCAUUCAACAACAAAGCAACAAUCUAUAAGCGUCAAAAACUGCUAAAUAAACAACAAACAUUGAAGGCAUUUGAUUGUAAAAAUAGA